AUGUUCGUGAAGCCGGAGAGCCUGGAGCUGCAGGAGGAGGAAGCGCUGCUGCUGGCGGCCCGCCCGUCGCCCGCCUCCUCCGCCUCCCUCCCGCCCUUCUCCUCCGGCUCCGAAGGGGAGGACGACGAGGAGGAGGAGGAGGAGCAGCAGGCGCAGCAGGAGCAGCACCUCCACCUGCCGCCCCGCCCCCUGGGCCUGGGCCUGGGCCGGCACGGCUGCCAUCGGCGGGCCGGGCGGGCGCGGAGCGGGGGCUCUCGGGCCACCACCAAGACGGCGGAGACGGUGCAGCGGCUGAAGAAGAGCCGGCGCCUGAAGGCCAACAACCGCGAGCGCAACCGCAUGCACAACCUGAACGCGGCGCUGGACGCCCUGCGCGAGGUCCUGCCCACCUUCCCCGAGGACGCCAAGCUGACCAAGAUCGAGACGCUCCGCUUCGCCCACAACUACAUCUGGGCGCUCAGCGAGACCCUCCGCCUGGCCGACCACGGCGGCGCCAGCGGCCUCUUCUCCGAGGCCCUCCUGGCCGGCGCCGACGGCAGCCCGUCCCCCGCGCCCUCCUCCGCCUCCUCGGCCUCCUGGAGCUGCACCACCAGCCCGGCCCCCUCGGCCUCCUACGGCAGCCGCACCUUGUCGCCCGCCAGCCCCGACGCCAGCUCCGCCUCAGAAGACCUUCUUCAAGAAGGCUGCUGCGAUCCUCUACAUACUUACCUGGGAGUAACCACCAUUGAACACGGCGAUACUUACUUCAGGGCGUAG